UGUACACAAAACUUACAGUUCUCGAAUGCCAGACAGAACUCUCAAAGUCUUGGUCAUAGUAAAACCCUAUUUAAAACGCGAUACAUAUAUGUGGGAAUCAACGGGAGAAAAGACAAUUACAUUUGACUUUAUUCUGUUGAUCAAUAUUUGAGGAGCAAGAUGAAGAUCAACGUGAAAGUACGGGGAGAAUGGAUCCUUAUUCCUUGUAAAGACAACAACAACACGAUAUCAUGGUUGGGAAAGGAAACGCUUUCACGAUACCGUUCUAUGAAACAAUACGAUGAAGAAGAUGAUGUCUCCGAAGUCAGGAAAACUCAAGGAGGAAGUUUGCUCUAUCCAGAUGACCUACUUGUUGAUAUUCUGGAUGAAAAUGAUUUCGUCCAUGUCGUGUUGAAGUCAGAUCUGGCCAACAAGACAUGCCGAACUUCAUUCGACGGGAAUGGUUUGAAUGUAGGAUUUUCACCAGACUCUUCACAAAUAUCAAGUACUGGCGGGGCAGAUUCUCGUGAGAUUCUCUAUCUGGACGGAGGUAGUUUGACCUCUGAUGACCUUGUUAAACUUGGGAAAGGUCAAUAUCAGAUCAAGGUAUCACCAGUUGCUUGGGAGAAAGUAGCUAAAGCUCGAGAGCUUGUGGACAACAUCCUUAAAGAAAACAAAGUUGUUUAUGGCAUCAAUACAGGCUUUGGGAAGUUUGCACGAGUUGUGAUUGGACCUGAUAAACUGAAGGAACUCCAAGAGAAUUUGAUUCGUUCACAUUGUGUUGGUGUUGGUAGACCCCUAUCCCCAGAACACACCCGUAAGUUGCUAGCCCUGCGGAUUAACAUCCUAUCCAAGGGAUUCAGUGGCAUCUCGGUUCAAAACCUGGAGAAAGUCAUUGCUGCAUUUAAUGCUUCCUGUCUGUCUGUGGUGCCAUGCAAGGGAACAGUAGGAGCUAGCGGUGAUCUAGCUCCAUUAUCACACCUUGCGCUAGGCAUGAUGGGAGAAGGAAAGAUGUGGAGUCCAAAGAGUGGAUAUGCUGAUGCCAAAGAUGUUCUGAAAGCACAUGGUUUGACUCCAAUAGAACUUGGACCUAAAGAGGGCAUAGCUCUGAUAAAUGGCACUCAACUAAUCACUUCACUUGGAGCAGAAGCUGUUGAACGGGCAUAUGCCAUUGCUCAACAAGCUGAUGUGAUAGCUGCCUUAACCCUUGAGGUCUUGAAAGGAACAACCACUGCCUUUGAAAGUUGUAUCCAUCGUACUAGACCUCACAAGGGACAGAGAUUGGUUGCUAAACGAUUCCAAUCUAUUCUUCAUUCUGAUGUUCAUCCAUCAGAGAUAGCUAUCAGCCAUCGGUUCUGUGAUCGGGUCCAGGAUGCAUACACCCUCAGAUGCUGCCCUCAGGUUCAUGGAGUGGUGUGGGAUACAAUUGAAUUUGUCAAAGGCAUCUUGACCACCGAGAUGAAUAGUGCUACUGAUAAUCCUAUGGUGUUUGCAGACCAACACGAGAUACUGUCUGCAGGUAACUUCCAUGGAGAGUAUCCAGCCAAGGUACUGGACUAUCUUGCUAUUGGGAUCCAUGAACUGGCAAGCAUUAGUGAACGUCGUAUUGAGAGACUCGUCAACCCUCAUCUGAGUGAGCUUCCUGCAUUCUUGACCAAAGAAGCAGGUCUUAAUUCAGGUUUCAUGAUCGCACACUGCACUGCAGCAGCAUUGGUAUCAGAGAACAAGGUAUUGACUCACCCAAGCUCAGUUGAUUCUCUAUCUACUAGUGCUGCUCAGGAGGAUCAUGUCUCUAUGGGAGGUUUUGCUGCAAGAAAGUGCCUUGAAGUCGUUGAGCAUGUUGAACAAGUACUUGCUAUUGAGCUGAUGUGUGCCUGUCAAGGUAUAGAAUUCCUGCGACCACUGACCAGCACUGCACCUCUGGAGGCUGUUCACAAGUUGGUUAGGAGCGUUGUCCCACCUCUCGAGCGUGACCGUCAUCUUUCACCCGACAUGGAAGUCAUUACCAACCUACUCCGAGAAAAUAAGGUUUGGGAGGUGGUGAAACCAUACAUGGAUACUUACGAGUCUGAACAGCUUAAAGAGACCAAGGUCCAUUCCCCAACAUCUAGCAUUCUUGGGAAAACUACUCGCUCUAACAAACGUAAGCGAACCAAGAGUUUAAGCAAAGCAGAAAAGGCCUAAAAGAUGGAGACAUCAUGCCACGCCAUGUCUAAAACUAUGUUCCAUCAGAUUAUUUGACAUAGCAUUGAUAGUAAACACACAUUCCUGUAUUUCAAUAAUUUGCUGCUUUUUAAAUGUAUCAUCUUUGUAAGAAAUAAACUCCCUGUCGAUAACUUCUCUUCUGUGUGGUUUUUGUCCAUAGUUAUGAUAGUGACACAUAUAUGCGUACUUGAUGCAUUCCAAUUUUACAUUUAAUGCAAUAGUUUGCCAAAUAUUUGGUAAAACACAAAACCAGAACAUAUUUCCAUUCUUGUUUGAUGCAUGUAACAAGAUUUGUGUACCUUAAUGUCUUCCAAUUCAUGUUAUGGAUAAAAGCAUGCUGCCAAAGAAGUAUAUUGUGAUUUUUCUCUUCCAAAAAUAUAUUGUAAAUUUGCAAUAAUAAAUGUUUAUAAAAGAACAAGGCUGAAGAAUUGGCUGAAAACAUGUGCAGGUGUACAUAGAAGGCUAUAUAAAAGUGUACAAUGGCUGAAAACAAAUGCAGGUGUACAUAGUAGGCUAAAAAAACAAUGUACGUUGGCUAAACAAGUGCAGGUCUACAUAGAAGGCUGACAAAAUAAUGUACGAUGGCUGAAAACAAAUGCAGGUGUACAUAGAUAGGCUAGAAAAAUGGUGUACGAUGGCUGAAAACAAAUGCAGGUGUACAGAGAAAGCU